CUCGGGUCAUCGGUCCGGCCGGGUCAUCGGUCCGGCCGGGUCAUCAUUCCUGCCGUUUCCCCAACAUUCAAGGGCCCCAGCGCAGCUCGGGAGCCGGCGCACCGAGGCGCUAGGGGCGCCGCGCACUCGAGGGACACGCGCCGCGCCUGGACAGCCCCCGGCGGGCGCCCCCUCGCACCCCCUGCCCCGCUCGGGCCGCGCUCCCCUCCCCCGCGCCUGUGUCCCCAGGGCGCAGGGCCGCGCGUCCAGCCCCAGACCCGCCAGGGGUCCCUGGGGACGCGCCAGCCCUGCAGUGGCUCGACGAUGGAGGAGCCGCAGCGCGCCCGGUCGCACACCGUCACCACCACCGCCAGCUCCUUCGCAGAGAACUUCUCCACCAGCAGCAGCAGCUUCGCCUACGACCGGGAGUUCCUCCGCACCCUGCCCGGCCUCCUCAUCGUGGCCGAGAUCGUUCUGGGGCUGCUGGUAUGGACGCUUAUCGCUGGAACUGAGUACUUCCGGGUCCCCGCAUUUGGCUGGGUCAUGUUUGUAGCUGUAUUUUACUGGGUCCUCACCGUCUUCUUCCUCAUUAUCUACAUAACAAUGACCUACACCAGGAUUCCCCAGGUGCCCUGGACAACAGUGGGCCUGUGCUUUAACGGCAGUGCCUUCGUCUUGUACCUCUCUGCUGCUGUUGUAGAUGCAUCUUCCGUCUCCCCUGAGAGGGACAGUCACAACUUCAACAGCUGGGCGGCCUCAUCGUUCUUUGCCUUCCUGGUCACCAUCUGCUACGCUGGAAAUACAUAUUUCAGCUUUACAGCAUGGAGAUCCAGGACCAUACAGUGAUUUACCAUUUUGAUAAUUAAAAGGAAAAAAAAAGGAAGACUGUCACUGUAAAAACAGCUGUAGGUAUAAUGUAUAUUCCCAGAGAAUUGUAUUUAACUAAUUAAUGUUUUUUAUAUUCUUAAAUUUGCUCACAAAUUGUGGUUUGUUACGAUUAAACUGGAUACUUAUUUGCAAAGUGUUGUAGCUUAUAAUGAACUCUUAAGUAUCUUAUUAAUGUAUUAAUGUCUUCAUAGAUCAUAUUUUCUUAGACAAUGUUUAAAUAGAUAAAUUGCUAAUAUUGAGAAUGUGUCAAGUUUGUAAACCUAACUUUUAAGAUACCAGAUUCUUUUUUGAUUAAAUGUUGCAAA